AUGUAAGACACUGUCUAGUUUCGCAUAAACCUCUCUAUUGUAAUCAGAACUUGCAAAGUGCUAAGGCUACUUUGUUCCUUGUUUAUUGUACGGUAAACUUCAUUAUCAUAAGCGAAACUACGCGGUGGUUUCCAUGGAGAGUGUAAAAUUGUUCCUUAUCAAGCUUUGAUUUUUUGUUCAUAUUAACAUACCCAAUUGUUUAUUCCGUAUCAUGGUUUGAUUUAUAUAUGGAUGGUAUGUUUACACCUCUGUUAUGCUGUGUGGUUCUGUGCUUUUGAUCAAGGAGUGAGUCAUCAUUCUCAGAUGAGUAUUGUAAAACAUGGGUUUCAAGUAUUUGCUGGUUGUGAUGUGUCUAUGGGCAUGUUCUGCAUCCAUGGCUUGCAAAGCUCCUAGUGAUGGAUUAAUGAGGGUUAGGCUUAAAAGAAGGAAUUUAGACAUUAAGAGUCUUAGUUCUGCAAGGAUCAAAGAGGUUGUUAGCAAGAAUCAUCUAGAAGCUGAUGGAGUGUAUCUCAAGAAUUAUCUUGAUGCACAAUAUUUUGGGGAGAUUGGUAUUGGAUCACCUCCACAAAGCUUCAAGGUUGUUUUUGACACCGGAAGCUCGAAUCUUUGGGUCCCUUCUUCAAAAUGCGUUAUGUCUAUCGGUUGCAUUAUUCAUUCCAAAUACAGGUCAAAGCUUUCUAGCACCUAUAAGAAAAUAGGAACACCAUGCAAAAUUCCGAUUGGUCGUGGAGCCAUUUAUGGCUUCUUCAGUCAAGAUUAUGUGAAAAUUGGGGAUAUGAUCAUCAGAGAUCAGGAAUUCGCCGAGAUUACAAAGGAAGGAUCUUUGGAAUUUUUAGCCAUGCAUUUUGAUGGGAUACUUGGACUUGGAUUCCAGAAUUUUUCAGUUGGAGAAGUUACACCAGUGUGGUAUAAUAUGAUUGAACAAGGUCAUACAGGUCAAAAGAUUUUCUCUCUUUGGCUAAACCAAGAUCCAAUGGCAAAGAUAGGAGGUGAGAUUGUCUUUGGUGGUAUUGAUUGGAAGCACUUUAGGGGUGACCACACUUAUGUUCCAAUUUCUAGAAAGGGUUAUUGGCAGAUUGAGCUCGAUGAUAUUCGACUUGCUAAAGAUUCCUCAGGGUUAUGUGAGGGUGGCUGUUCUGCCAUCAUUGAUUCAGGGAAAUCCUUAAUUGCUGGUCCAACUAGUAUUGUGGCUCAAAUUAAUCAUGCUAUUGGGGCAGAAGGAUAUGUGAGUUUUGAAUGUAAAAACAUUGUCCAUACCUAUGGAGAUACUAUAUGGAAAUUUGUAACCUCUGGGAUUAGACCUGAAAUUGUCUGCGUCGACCUUGGACUCUGCUCGCGUAAUGGAUCUCAUUCUCCUACAAAGAAUGAAUUCAUUGAAACAGUGGUAGAUAACGAAGCUUGGGGCGAGACAGGAACCAGGGAGAGCCCAUUUUGUACAUUUUGUGAUAUGAUUGUGCUAUGGAUUCAAGUUCAGCUUAAGCAAAGGAAUGCAAAGGAGAAAAUCUUAAAACAUGUGGAUGAGCUGUGUGAGAAGCUCCCAAAUCCCAUAGGACAAUCAUUUAUAGACUGCAAUAGCAUUUCAACUAUGCCUCCAAUUACAUUCAUGAUUGGGAACAAGGCAUUUCCACUCUCUCCACAACAGUAUGUGUUAAAAGUUGAAGAAGGGUGCUCAACUGUAUGCUAUGGUGGUUUUGUUGCUCUAGAUGUGCAUCCUCCACAGGGUCCUCUCUGGGUUCUUGGAGAUCUUUUUUUGGGGGCAUAUCACACCGUGUUUGACUAUGGAAAUCUUCGUAUAGGAUUUGCUGAAGCUGUUUAGUGCUUAAUCAUAAUUUAUUGCAGUUACUAAUUGUUUAUGGGACGAAAAAGAUUAAAAGGCUUUACAUUACAUGAUACAUGAUUCACCCUUAAGAAUUUCUAUGCUAUUAUUUUUUCACAAACAUGAUUAGCUUGGAUGAAAAAAGGUAAUCAUAAGAACUGCACCAGCCGGGAAUCGAACCCGGGUCUGUACCGUGGCAGGGUACUAUUCUACCACUAGACCACUGGUGCUAUGUAGUUGAAGCUUAAUAUAAAUUUUAUAUCAAUAGAAUAUUUUUUAAUUUUGCGUUGGACUCA